AUGGGCGUCGACGCUCUGCAACUGUGCGACUUGGAGACCUUCACGACGAAGAACCAUGCGACGAAUGUGGUCGAUUUGGAACGCCAACCUCAGGACUGCGGCAGCCCCAUCAAGGCCGUGGCGCCGGCGCCUCCGUCGUUCAACAAGUGGCUGGCGGAGGCGCUCGUGAGAGAGGAAGCGGCCAGCAAGAUCCAGCUUUUCCUACGGUACCGUCUCAAGCUGCGCGCGUCGGCCAACGCUUCAAUGCAGCGCACCGCAUCGACGGCGUCGUCCCUGGACUCGCUGGGCAUGCCGGAGGAACUGGACGAGGACCACUUGCAGUACGAGAUCCUGCUCUGGUACGGCUCCAGUCUGGGCUCGGUGGGCUUCGUCUCGUGCGAUAUCACGGAGUAUCCGUGUGUUGAAGUGGCCGAGGGCAACGACUCGUUGCCUGGGAUGUGGAAUCUCCGCGAGGGCGACUAUCUCAUCUCGAUCAACGAACGCAGCACCAAACGCGCGGCUGCUCCGUUCGACGCAGUCAUGCAGAUCCUGGACAGCGGCGUGCGGCCGGCCGUGCUGCGAUUCCGCAGACCUGCGUCCCACGAGCUGCAAAGUCUCACGAAAAGGCCUCGGCGGAUGUCGCUGACAGCGCGGACAGACCGGCAGAAGAGUCGAGAGCGGCUAGAGCGGUCUCUGAGCUACGUUAUUUGGCGAGAAGAGGACGGCCCGCUCGGGAUCAGCCUGAAGCCUGAGAAGGGCAAGUCGUACCCCGUGGUCAUGGCCAUGAACAAGUCGGGCGUGGCAGGGCGUGGUGGAAAGCACAACAAGGUGAGCGUUGGCGACCAGUUGUUGACUAUCAACCACUUCGACGUCUUCAGACUGGGCUUUAAGAAAAUGUGCCAGGUCAUGCAGUUCGCCCCCAAGCCGCUUGUGCUCACGUUCCGACGCACGUCUCCGGAGCCGAUGGAGCCUCGCAGUCUUGAUCUGUGAGCGAACCUCGUUGCCUUUGAGCGCUUCCUGAGAGGGCUCCGCUCGACCGAUCUCUCGAGCUUUUUUUGCUUUUUGUUGUGGUACCUCGACCGGUGGACUGGAUGGCAGUCCUUCGUUGUCACGUGUCGGCGAUGAAUGCAUUAUUUAUCACUUUAAUCGCUGACGGAAUAAUUAAUGGCUCAAUGGCCUUAGUU